AUGGAAACUACCAACAACAAAGACGAACCAGAAAUCUGCAAACUAGAUUUCAAUGAUUCCGACAUCGAAUACAUCAGUUACGGCGGCGAACACCACCUCCCUCUCAUCAUGAACCUCGUCGACGAAGAACUCAGCGAACCUUACUCCAUCUUCACUUAUCGUUACUUCGUCUAUCUAUGGCCUCAUCUUUCUUUCCUGGCGUUUCAUAAGGGUAGAUGUGUGGGAACGGUGGUUUGUAAAAUGGGAGAACAUCGUAACACUUUUAGAGGAUACAUUGCUAUGCUUGUUGUUAUCAAACCCUACAGAGGAAGAGGCAUUGCUACAGAACUUGUUACUAGGUCUAUCAAGGUCAUGAUGGAAUCUGGUUGUGAUGAGGUUACAUUGGAAGCAGAGGUCACAAAUAUAGGAGCACUUGCGCUGUACGGUCGCCUUGGCUUUAUCAGGGCUAAACGUCUCUUUCACUACUAUUUAAAUGGAGUCGAUGCUUUCCGUCUCAAACUUUUAUUUCCUCGUCCAGAGAUGCACACUCAUAGUGAUCACGGGGAUUCACAAAUUCUGGAAUGA